AUGCAUCUCAACGAGGAAGAACGACCUCUUUUGAGCGGUGGCAAUUCCAGCCUCACCCAAUACGUGCCAUUGGCGAAAUCCUUUGAUGCUGGCACGGUAGGCCCAGCUGACUAUGGCGCGGUUUCCGGAUACAAGGCCAACGAGAUUGAGGAGGCGAGCGGUGCGACAGGCAGUGAAAACGUUCCCCAGUCCCGCAGGAAGAGAGUCAUUAUUGUUGGUGCCGGAGUGUCUGGUAUUCAGCAAGCUGCCAUCAUCCUCAAGGACGGCGAGGUGAAACGCGACGAUUUGCAGAUAUUCGACGCUCUCGACGACUUCGGUGGCACAUGGCUGAAAAACAGCUAUCCAGGUUGUGCGUGUGACGCUCCCGCAAUGGUUUAUACAACAUCGUUUGAAAUCAACAAAGAAUACACGCACUACUUCGCUACACGAGAAGAGAUCCAGGACUACUACAAAAGGUUUGCGGACAAGUACGAACUCAAACGAAGUACACAGUUCGGCAAGUUCGUGAAGACUUGUACUUGGAGUGAUGAAGACAUGAUCUGGAAUGUAGGAGUCCAGGAUAAGGUUACUGGAAUCUUGGAACACUGGAUCGCUGAUGUGGUCAUCCAAUGCGUUGGCGCCCUUGAUCGCCCAAAAUUUGGCAAUACGCCCGGUCGCUCGAACUACAAAGGCACCUCCUGGCACACAGCACAUUGGAGGUUCGACUAUGAUCUCACAGGCAAGAAUGUUGCCGUGGUUGGCUGCGGACCCAGUGCCGCCCAGAUCAUUCCAGAGAUCGUGGACAAGACCAAGAGCCUGUCGGUCUACAUGCGGACACCACCAGUCUGCACGGCUCGUGGCGAUUUUGCGUAUUCUCGGCUAUUCCGAUGGGCCUUGAAAUGGGUUCCACUGUUUGCCUGGUUGCAGCGCUUUUGGGAGUGCAACGAAAUGGGAGCUUCAGUGGCUAUGUCUACCGAUAACGAUCCGUUGAAUGACUCGAUGACGAAGGCAGCCAUUGAUUAUAUGGAGUCCGAGAUCAAGGACCCAAAACUUCGCGAAAUUUUGAGACCGCAUUCGAAGUACUUCUGCAAACGCCCCCUUCGUCUUGACAACUUUUACUCCAGCCUUGCGAAACCACACGUCACCACCUUGAGAGACAACUUAAUCCGCUAUACCGAGGAAGGUAUCGUCUCUGCGGAUUGUAAAACCGGUGUUGAGACAGAACGCAAGUUCGAUGUGAUUAUUUACGGAACCGGCUUCAAUACGUCCAAGCAUCUCGAACAUGAACGUAUAACUGGCAUUAAUGGCCAGGACCUGCAAAAGAAGUGGGAGGAGCACCCAGAGGCUCUGUAUGGACUGGCAACCAACGGCUUCCCCAAUAUGUUCAUGUGCUUCGGACCCAACUCGGCCACUCUUUGGUCCUCUCAGCAGGACAACUGGGAACAGCAAGCAAGAUUCAAUUCCAAGGUGGUCGCAGAAAUGGCACGUCGAGAGCGGAAAGGCCGAAAGCUGGCUAUUCAUCCAGCACGUGAUGUCGAGCAUGCUUACAAUCUUGAGUUGCAGAAGAGGCAGAAUGGUGUCUUCGUUUGGGCUCGCCGUGACUGUGUCACCUACUACAAAAACGACGCUGGCUGGAUUACCUACACGAUGCCCUGGACUGGAUGGCAAUUUAAGAACAUGCUCCGCAAAAUUCGAUGGCACGAAUGGAUCUCUAUAGAGAAGCCUCUCGUCACGAACAGUUUUGAGAGCAAAAUGCGCGCACCAAUGGAAUUAUCAUGA